CUUCUCCUUCCCAGACUGAACACCAAACCAGGGAGGACUUUAAUCUCGCAGGUUGAAGACCAUCGUUGCAUUUCUUCAAACUUGGACACAUGCUUUAGGCAUUCAGAGACAAUGCAAAUGCAGGAAGGCGGUGUUCUUGGAUAACAGGUGGUUUGUCUUGUCUUGGAGGCCUUAAUGACCGUGAUGCCGCACUCACGACACCGGUGUCGAUAACAGCAAGUCUUUCUACGAGUUGCACUUGUUUUGUGAUGCUCUAAAAUCAGAUCAGGGAGUGACCGGCGGCUCGCCUCUCCAUCCAAAUCUAUGAUCAGCUCGGUGUGUGUUUCGUCUUACCGCGGGCGCAAGUCGGGCAACAAACCUCCGUCCAAAUCAUGUCUGAAGGAAGAGAUGGCCAGGGCCGAAGACUCGGACAAGAUCAUCCUGAACGUCGGCGGCACGCGCCACGAGACGUACAAGAGCACGCUUAGAAGUAUCCCUGGCACGCGCCUCGCCUGGCUGGCCGAAUCGGAAGCGCAGCUGGACUCCAGCGCGGAAGCGGGACAAACACCCGCCACCAACGAGCUAUUCUUCGACAGACACCCGGGCAUCUUCGCCUACGUGCUGAACUACUACCGAACCGGUAAGCUUCACUGCCCGGCGGACGUGUGCGGACCGCUGUUCGAGGAGGAACUUGCCUUCUGGGGCAUCGAUGAGACAGAUGUUGAGCCAUGCUGCUGGAUGACGUACCGGCAGCACCGCGACGCUGAGGAGGCGCUGGAUAUCUUUGAGCCGCCCGAUCCUGAGGACACCGACGACGAUCGGGACGUACCGCGGCGCUUCGGGAUCGAGGACUGUCCCGAGCGCUCCAGAGGCUGCUUUGAAGUUUGGCAGCCCAAAAUCUGGGCUCUCUUCGAGGACCCGUACUCAUCCCGUGCCGCCAGGAUCAUUGCCUUUGUCUCACUCUUUUUCAUCUUGGUGUCUAUCACCAACUUCUGCCUUGAGACGCAUGAGGCCUUCAAUGAACUCCAGAACCAUACCAGUGUGGUUUCGGAUGGCAAUACUACCAAGGUGGUGUCCACUCUGGAGGUGGUGACUAAUCCUGCGCUCACGCUUGUGGAGGGCAUUUGCGUGGUGUGGUUUACAUUUGAGUUCCUAGUGCGCAUUAUCUGCUGUCCUAACAAGCUGCUCUUCAUCAGGAAUUUGCUGAACAUCAUUGACUUUGUGGCCAUUCUGCCCUUCUACUUGGAAAUUAGUUUGAGCGGACUCUCCUCCAAAGCUGCUACAGAUGUGCUUGGUUUCUUGCGAGUGGUGCGCUUUGUGCGAAUCCUGCGAAUCUUCAAGCUGACCCGUCACUUUGUAGGGCUGAGAGUGCUUGGCCACACGCUGCGUGCCAGUGUUAACGAAUUCUGCCUCCUCAUCAUCUUUCUCGCUCUUGGUGUCCUCAUCUUUGCUACAAUGAUUUACUACGCGGAGCGCAUUGGUGGAGACGUAGAUGAUCCGUACACAAACGUGCACACUCAUUUCAAAAACAUUCCGAUCAGCUUCUGGUGGGCUGUAGUCACUAUGACCACACUGGGUUAUGGGGACAUGUAUCCUCAGACCUGGCUAGGGAUGAUGGUUGGUGCUCUGUGUGCAUUAGCAGGCGUUCUAACCAUUGCCAUGCCAGUCCCUGUUAUUGUGAACAAUUUUGGGAUGUACUAUUCCCUAGCCAUGGCGAAGCAGAAGCUGCCCAAGAAAAGGAAGCGCCAUCACCGAAACCCAGACACAGUACUGGACUCAGUCUCAUUUGGAAAAUCUGAGACCAACUCACACAGGAAUAGCACCCAAAGUGACACAUGCCCUCUUGCACCUGAGGAAAACAUUGCAAGGAACCGUUCAGACUCAAAGCAGAACGGUGAUGCUAAUGUAGCUCUAUCAGAGGACGAGCCGCUCUCUCCCAGUGAGAGGUGGUCCCUCCGCCGCUCACACAAGCGAGACAAGUGCAAGAAAGAGGGUGCCUCCUUCCUCCUGACUUCUGGAGACUUCUCCUGCAGUACUGAUCCCACUAUCUGUACAGAGAGCUGCAAAGAUGCCCUUAAAGCCACAGCCAGCUAUGGCCAGAGAGAAGUGACUACGAUGACAUGAAGUGACAUGAUUAGAUGAACAGGAGAAAUCCUAUCCAUCAGAGAGCCUAUCCAUUUGUGUCUGUUGGACUUCAGUCUUUCAUCCAGCAGUUCCAGCCAUACGCACAACACAAGUCCCCUUUCUCUAAAGUACAACACACUUGUCUACAUCCCAGUAUGUCUUUGCAUGACCUCAUUCUAUAUGGUGUACCUUGAGAAGUGUACUUAAUUUUUGGGCACAUCCAAACUUGUGUGUACUGUAUGUUGUCUUAUCUGUAGUGACUUUGUCAACAACAUUGCAGAAACCUUUAUUCACAUAGUCACAUGCUUGUGAGCAGCAACAUGUUGAGGGGUGAGAUGUCUAACAUCAGUGACAUAUUUUCAGAAAUAGCACAGUACAAUUGAUAGUCUCAUAAGGCAGGAGUCCAGGAGCCUAUGUUUGGCAAAUACUUCAUGAAAUCUUUUUAUUUAGUAGGUGUAGCUCUAUAAAUUGUCAGCCUCCUCGUGAUACAAAUUGGGAGGUUGGAUUUGUUUUGACUAAAGAAAAACAUUUGGAACAGGUCUGUAUCUGAUUAGCAUCAUGCCAGAGCUUUGCUGUAGAGACAGCAGAGCAGCCUGGAACUGAAGAAGGUGCUUAUCAGAAGCCUUUUGUUUCUGGGAAAAUCCUUACACUGUAAAAAAAAUGAUUUGUUGUUUUAACUUAAAGUUAGUACCUGGGCUGCCUUAAAAUUUUGAGUUAAUUAAAAUUCAUAUAGGUGGUACAGUGGUUAGCACUGUUGCCUCACAGCAAGAAGGUCCGGGUUCGAGCCCCGUGGCCGGUGAGGGCCUUUCUGUGCGGAGUUUGCAUGUUCUCCCCGUGUCCGCGUGGGUUUCCUCCGGGUGCUCCGGUUUCCCCCACAGUCC